AUGUCAGAUAAAAUCAGCAAAUUUUAUCUGUUUGGUGGAAAGGACGUCGUGCCACUCUCAAAGGGAGUAUUUGCCGAGGAAAGUCUUUCGGAGCAGAUCACAAGAGAAUCCGAGACCUUCGAUUCCUUGAGUUUCUGGCUUACCCUCCUUCUCGAGAAGCCGCAGAAGUUUGAACUUUUUGGAAUUGCAGAAAGCUAG